AUUUGUUUACAUUAUUCAUACUGCAUUGUUUUGUUUCGUUCCAUGCCGGCGUCCUCAAACAGUUUGUUUUAAUAAAAUAAUCCAACGCAAUGUCCCGCAAGGAAGCCCUCUCGCAGUUCAUCAACCAGAUUCAUGGGCGACCGGUGGUGGUCAAACUGAACAGUGGUGUCGAUUACCGUGGCGUGCUGGCUUGUCUCGAUGGUUAUAUGAAUAUUGCCCUGGAUCAGACGGAAGAAUACGUCAACGGGCAGCUGAAGAACAAGUACGGAGAUGCCUUUAUUCGUGGCAACAAUGUGCUGUACAUUUCUACGCAAAAACGAAGGGUUUAAUAGGUAGCUGACUGAAUAAAGAAACAUACCAGGUUUUGCCAUGAAAA